UUCACGAGGAACGGAGGGGUAGCAUGUGAUACAAACAAGAGCGCAGGGGAUAGAAGUCGGCCUGUCAAGUCGCUGUUCCUCUUUUAUUGUUUUUCUCAGCAUUUAACGUUAAAUCACAUCAUUUCAGAUUUCAGAGCAUCCCCCACUCUUCUCUCUCCUCCCACCUUUUACUCUCUUUCUUCUCCUUCUGACUCUCCCCCUCUCUCUCUAUCCUCUCCUUUUUCUGUAUGUGAUCUCUUCUCCUUGUCUUGGCAUUGAUUUGUAUUUGCAUUGUUUUCUUAUAAAAGCUCCAGAACCAUGUGCUUUUGUUUUGUUUGCUUUUGAGAACAUCUGAAGAAGGAAGAAGAAUCUGUUGGAGUAGAAGCUCACAUGCAACCCCUUUUACUCCCACUAGCUUAGGUGUUUCCUUCUUUUCUUUUUUCCCCUUUUUUUCUCCUUUUUUUUUUGUUUGCCUCGUUUGUAGCAGAGAGUGAUCUUUCAUUCCAAACAACACUGAAGAAAUGACUAAAGAUGAAGACUUUAAGCUCCUCAAGAUCCAGACUUGUGUUCUCAAAGUGAACAUACACUGUGAUGGCUGUAAGCAGAAAGUGAAGAAACUUCUUCAGAGAAUUGAAGGUGUGUACACAGUUAAUAUAGAUGCAGAACAGCAGAGAGUCACAGUUUCAGGAAGUGUGGACUCUGGAACUUUGAUAAAGAAACUGGUCAAAGCUGGUAAACAUGCCGAGCUUUGGUCUCAGAAAAGCAACCAAAACCAAAAACAAAAAACCAACUGCAUCAAAGAUGACAAGAACAACAAAGGCCAAAAGCAAGGUUUGAUCAAGGGACUUGAGGCCUUCAAAACCCAGCAAAAGUUCCCUGCUUUCAGCUCUGAAGAAGAUGAAGAUGAUUUUGAUGAUGAUGAAGAAGACUAUGAAGAAGAAGAGCUUCGGUUUCUCCAGGAGAAAGCGAACCAACUUAGUCUGCUCCGGCAGCAAGCUCUUGAUGCAAGCAAUGCAAAGAAAGGUUUUGGAGCCAUUGCUGCUUCCAACAAUGGCAAGAUCAACAAUAAUGUGGGAAAUGGAAAUGUCCAAAAGAAAGGAAACCCCAAUCAGAAUAUGGGAAUGAAGGGUAGUCCAGGUGGAAUUGAUCAGAAAACCAUAGCAGCUCUGCAAAUGAACAACCCCCAUUUGGUGGGCGGUGGAAAUAUUAAUUCUGGAGAAGUUAAAAGGGGAAAUGACAUCAAAUCCAUGAUGGGUCUUGGUGGGUUUCAUGGAAAUGGUGGUAACGUUGCCGCCACUGCUGCUGCUUUAGGUGGAAAUUCCAAUGCUUUGGGAGGGUUUCAAAUUCAACCCAACAAUGGGUUUCAGGGGUCUUCCACAGGGUUCCCAAACGGUGGAUUUGCAACAGGUCAUCAUCAUCCAUCACCCAUGCUGAUGAAUCUAAAUGGGAACCAUCCAUCACAAAUGAUGAUGAACAUGAACAUGCAGCAGAACAGGCAUGCCCCCAUGCAGCAACCCCAGAUGAUGUAUCACAGGUCUCCUUUUAUUCCGCCCAGCACCGGUUACUACUAUAACUACAGCCCUGCCCCCUCCCCUUACACUCACUGUGACACUAAUUAUAGCGGUGAUCACUCUGCAAGCCAUAUGUUCAGUGAUGAGAACACAAGCAGCUGUUCAAUCAUGUAAUGGGGAUGGGGACUGGGAUAUUGAGUGUGUGAUGGCGUUUUCAUGCAUUGAAUAUUGUCAGUGAGUGGAGUCAGUGGCUUUGACAGUACCCUCUAGUUUGGGGGAAUGGGAUAUGAUGGGUUGGUUUGGGUUGGAACGCCAUGUUUUAUUGUGUAGUUGUUAAGAUGAUGUUUCAUCUUUCCCUUUUCUUUUUAUUGCUCAUCCAGUUCCUGUCUGUUUGCCCUCUCUUUUUUAUGCUUCAGGACAGACUUCGAAACGUGUGGUUUCUGUUUACUAUCAUACUAGUAUUUUUAUUUAUUUUGGUGAA